AUGCCCCGCUGGCCUUCGGCCAGGCCCUUCAUCCUCCCACACAUACCUCCAGCCAGCCUGCAGCUCCCCACGGCCGGCAAAGACUGGGCCGGGUGGGUCUCGCCGAAGGCUCCGCGGCCGCCAGCUGCCGGCACCUCACUUCCGCCCGCCGCGAGCGCCGAGCGCGUAGAUCCGCCUGGCAGUGGAGCGCCGAGUCCUCGAUGGGCGGAGCCUCCCGGGGAGGGUAGAGGAGGGAGGGGACCCGCGCGGGUGCGGGAGGUCAGCAGGGGCCGUGGGCGGUGGACGCUGGACUGUCUUGGGUUCCGAGGGACCCAGCCGCCUGAAUGGACACGAGUAGGAGGUUUUUGCUGGGCGUCUUUGCAGUGGCGGGAAGUGGGGAGCUGUGAGGAAGGAAGAGGAUACAAGCUCGGGGGCGGGCCAGGUGCACCAUCCAUCCCCGAGCCCCCGGUGACCUCAAAGAGGCUUCGAGAUGAUAGUGCGUUUAUGGGGCCACAGUUCACAACGAUGGGCCCUGCACCGGGUCAGGGGACCGCUCCGGAACCGGGGGAUGCAUGGAAUCAGAGGGCUGCACCAGACGGAGUCUCACUCUGAUGCCAGUCUGCAGUACAGUGAUGCGAUCUCAGGU